AUGGCUACUCAACUGGUUCCUUAUAAUACGGCCAUGAAGCUGGGCUCUGGCUUCAAUUCAUUCACACAGACCCUCUGCGUUGAUAAUGCGGUUGUGCGCGAGCCGAACAACAAGGGUUCUGGAGAAGUCAGGCAAAAGCAGUCAGAGGAGGAAGUUCCCCAGUCUGUCAUUUACAAGACCAGCAUCAUCGAAAAAUCGACUGAUGUUACAGACGAGAUGAAUAUAAAUGGUGCCUUCAACAUAAAAUACGACCAGUUGACCGCUGAUGGCAGCGGCAAGUUUAUCAAUACGAACAAAAUCAAAGAGAGCGAUGUCAACAUUAUGGUCUCUGUCAAGGUCGUCAACCAGAUCAUCUAUGAUCACUCUCUCACCAAGUUCAAUAGCAUCACCAAGUUCAAGGACGACUCCCAGAAGCGCCUGGUAGAUAUUUAUGGAGAUUCCUUUAUUUCUGGCUGGCAAGAGGGAGGUGAGUUCCUGGCUGUCAUCAGUAUCAAGGCCAAGAACCGAGAUGAGGCGCACAACAUUGCUGCCGAUGCUAGAAUCGCCUACACACGCAACAAGAGCCCGGCUCCGGAGAGUGACAAGAAAGAGUUCAUGCUCGAUAUCAAUGCCAAGUUCGACAAGAUCAAGAAUGACAUUGCCGCUGAGAACGAAGUGUCUGUUUCUGUUAUGUGGAGUGGUGGUGGUCAACAUCUGAAGGAACAGAAAAAAGACUGGGACUUUGACACCAUGAAGGAUGUUGCGCUAAUGUUUCCUGAUCUUUGUGCCAGGACUCCCAUGCGUACUCACGCAUUGCUCACCAGAUACACGGCUUUACGAAGUUUCCACGAAACCCAGGCUUUUGAUCUACCUAGGUAUGACAAGACUGGAACAUACACAAAUGUGCUGCAUGAGGCCUACCUCGACUACAAGGCCAUUCUCAGUACGAUCCAGGUCCUGGCAUUUGAGGUCUCUGAGGGCAAAAAAGCGCUGAUCGAGAACUUUCGUGUUCAAGAAGCCAUUGACGCAGCGAAGGUCAUCGCUGAUAAAUGGCGCGAAGCAAGGAGUGAGAAUUCAACCCAGGAGCCUACACCAGGAACUGGGCCUGAAUCUACCGAGGGCAGCGAGGUCAUGGUCCCUGGCCCCGAGGCCAAUCUUGACACGAAGAACGAAAAAGCUCCGCCUCUUCCGAAGCCCAAGACAUGUCAAUCUCCUGGAUUAGACAAGGCGUUCCCCCCGACCAUCACUGGUCUGGAAGAAGCUCGGCUCAAGUGCCGCUUCAACAUGACUCGCAUUAUAGAGGAGAUCGACAACAUUACCGUCAACCCGGAGAUUGCCACAGAUGAAACCAGACCAUCCCCAUAUCUCAGUCCUUUUCUCUUUAAGCUUCUUCUACCCCUCGGUGUGGAUCUUCCAGCAGAGUCAACUAAGGUUGCGCAGCAUGGCAAGGCGUUUCUGUUCAACCCUCAAGUUUGCGCUGAAAAGUUGGGUGUGGCAAAGACAACCAAGGAGAACAAUGGUUCGGAAUGA